UUCCUUCUGACUGUUGAACCGACACUAUGAAGACAAUCAUCAUUUAUCCUGUGUAAUCAUCUUCCUAAUCAAUCCUCAUCUUAUCAUCUUCAUCAUCACCAUUGUCUGUGUAUUUUUUUUACUUGUUUAUGUUCAAAUAGAGAGAAAGCAAAGGAGAGAGAGAGAGAGAAAGAGAGAGAGAAAGGGAGAAAGAAAUAAAUAUUAUCAUCAUUAGAAAACAAUAAUAACUAUUAAUUGAUGAUAAUAAUAUUUUUCAUCAUCAUUCUCAUCAUUAUUGGAUAAAUGAAAGUGAAGAGAAAAAGAAAAAUAGAAAGAGAGAGUAACAGUAAGAGUGAGAAAGGAGAAGACAGAAAAUAAGAGAGAGAGAGAGAAAGAGGAAGACGAGAAGAAGAUAAGAAAGAGAGAGAACAAGUUUCUCUCUUCCAAAUGAGCUUAAAUUAGCUUCUCAAUCAAUCAGUUUAUCACUUAUCCUCUAUCAGUGUACAUUGUAUCCUUUUUACUUACAACUGACCAACACUCAUCUUACUCUUUCCUCAUUACUGAGCUGAAAUUGUCACUGCCCAACCCUCAUCUUCAUCAUCAUCAAUACUCACACAUCAGUUUCUGAAUAUCUUCAUCUGUCACCUAUUAGAGGGAGAGAAGUAACAAAAAAAGAUUGACCAACCCCUGAUACUGACCAUUGAUAAAAUGUAACUUGAAAUUGAAUUUUUUUCAUGUUACAACAAAACAAAAUCUCAUAUCAUAAGGAAUAAUCAACAAACAAAAAACAACAUUGUGACCAAUAAGUGACCAAUUGAAUGUGGACAAAGCAAUUAUUACAUAUCAUUCAUCUUGAUUUUCAUCAUCACAAUCAUCAUCAUCAUCAUUAUCUUAUAAUCAUCAUCAUUGACCAACAAAAUAUACACAAGGUCUUAUCUAAAGUGUUAAGGUUACUCUCAACUAAAGUGGCCUUAAGUGGUCAGUUUAUUGUAUUAGGCCUUGAAAGCCUAAGUUCAUCUUCAUCAUUAACAUCUCGAUCUACAUCACCAUCAUCAUCAUUAUCAUCAUCAUCAUCAUCAACAGAAAAGGUGAAAGUGAGAGAUAAUAUAAGGUAAGGAAGACGAAAUAUAAUAUCAAGUUAGAUUUUUGAAUAUAAGGGAUAUUUGCGAAUAGUAAGAGAUACAGAAAGAAAGAAAGAUAGAGUAAAAGGAAAGAAAGAGAGAAAAAAGAAAGAAAAACACGAAAAAGAAAGAAAAGAAAGAGAAAAAAAAAUAGAUGAUAAAAAUGAUGAGGAAGAUCAAAGAUCUCGAUCAGAGGGAAAAAAGUGAAAACUUGAGUCAUGUCAAUGACAAUUUCUUAUCAUCCCAGUGAUUUCAUCUCAUUCCGUUCAUGUCCAACCAGGUUAAUUAUACAGCGAAUUGUUAUCAUCCUCUGUAUCAUUUACCUUUCAUACUGUCAAUUGGUACAAAGUAAAUUAAUUAACCAACGAAAAGUUGAAAACAAUCCAAUAGAUCCAAUGGUUUUUGAUACAAGACAACGAUUAACUUCAACUAAUCAACAUUUAAUUAUUAAUUCAACAACAAACAAACCUAAAUUGUGCCGUUAUUAUCCAACAACAAUUAACAAAAAUCAACAAUUAGACCCAAAAAAUCAAACAUAUCAUAACCAAAAUAGUUAUCAUAAUGAAAUUGAGUUAACAUCAAGCUUAUCUUUAAUAGCAACAAUUAAUAAAUUGUCAUCACCACCAAUAUCAUCAUCACAAUUAGUAAAACCUAAUCAAUUACCAAUUAAUUAUGAUCAAAACAUAUCAAAUUCAGUGUAUCUCAAUUCAUCCAAUGGAUUAAUACCAAUCAACUCUCAACUUUCACCUCAACUUGACCCACCUUCAAGUCAACAUCACCAUAGACGACGACAUGAGAAACACCGUAAUCAACAACAACACCAACAACACCAACAACAACAACAACUACAACAAUUAAAUCAAUCCCAACAAUCAAAAUGUCACACAAUUAAAGUUCAUCGAUCCAGAAAAAUUUACCUACAAUCAAGUUGCAGUAAAAAUCAUAUUCACAUAUCAGGUAAAACUGUACGAGCAACAAAAACUCAACAUCUAAUUGACAAUGCAUUUUAUGUAACCGGAAUAGGAAUCCGAGGUGUUAAAGGUCAUGGUCAGUUGGUCCAUUUUAAAGGCUUAAUGACCGGAAAGUUUAUCUGCUACAACAAGAAGGGCAAAAUAGUUGCAAAGGACAAUGGUCAGUGGGAUAUUUCCUGCAUAUUCCGAGAGAUCUCUAAAUAUAAUAAAUACAAAUAUCGCUCAUUCUACAACGAUAAUUGGUUCCUUGGUUUCGAUUAUAAAGGUCGACCCAUUCGAGGGACAAUAAACCGACAUGAGCCCCAACGAAAUGGAUCUAGACGUCAACAUAUCGGUCAACACUGUUAUGAAUUUUCAAAGAUUAAGAUUAAUUAGUAAAUUGGAUUAAAUAAUUAACAACAUUUUCAUCCUUCUCAUCAUCAUAUCAUCAAAAUCAUAUCAUCAGAACUUUUUUUUUCUCUUCACCAACAAUUCAAUUCCAUUUUAAUAUUAUUAUUAAUGCACAACGAAAAAAAAAACAUUCCAACUUUUUUUGCUCUAAAUUGAAAAUCUCUCAUUUUUUUUAAUAAUUAUUAUUAUAUUGAAGACUAUUUGAUUAUAUUAAUUAUAAAUGUAUAAUUGUCAAUCAAUCAACUGACUUUUACAACGAUUAUCAUAACAAUUUUAAUAUUAUUUUAGUAAAUAAU